AUGGAAUCAAGAGACAAAGCCUCGCCUCCACCAAAGCCCGCCAAGUUCUCAGUGUACCAGAACCCAUCCUUGUCCGCUGCCCUCACCGCCAAUAGCCUCCGGCCUUCGAAGCAUGCACUCCUUUGCAUCUUCUUUCUCUCCUCCGCCUCCGCCGUCGCCUUCAUUGCCAUGUUUUCCAGGGAAAAUGGGCUUAUUGACAAUUUGAAGCUCAAAAAUCUUUCCCAAGAGGCAGCCUAUUUGUUUUCCAAAGCGAUACAGACCUUCAUGGGCUUAGUAUUUUUGGGAACUCUAUUUGCACUAUUUAGAGCCAUCUCACUGAGAAAUGCCGCACCCUCAAAAGGAAAUAGUGACAAACCAUGCCACCUUACAAAUCGUCAACUAGGACUUUUGGGAAUUAAGCCAAAGGUUGAGCAAGUCGUAUCUGAGUCUUCAAAGAAACCUCCCAAGUCUAAACCCCACAUGUCUUCCCCUUCAGAUGUACUUGUUCCACUUCAUCAGCCAAUCACCAGUUCAAAUCGUUUGUCUCGAAUCAGCGGGAAUAAGUCAAACAUCAGUGGAGGAACUAAGAUGGGAUCUAUCAGUAGCCCUUCUAAAUCACCCGGUUCUACAUCUUCUUUGUAUCUUGUGUCGGGAGGUGUUUCACCACUGUCUUCUGUUCAGAAUUCGCCUGGAGUAGAUUCAGUGGUCUCCACCCCUUGGUCAAGCAAGCGAGCAUCUACAAGAGAGAUAAUGUCAGAAGAAAAGUUUGAAAGGUUCUUGGCAGAGGUGGAUGAAAAAAUCACAGAAUCAGCGGGGAAACUGGCAACUCCACCACCCACCAUUAGAGGCUUUGGUGCAGCCAGUCCAAGUUCAGCUAACACAUCUGGAACUACUAGGAGUACACCAUUGAGGCCUGUGAGGAUGUCUCCAGGUUCUCAGAAGUUCACAACUCCCCCAAAGAAAGGAGAGGGCGAGCUUCCUCCACCUAUGUCCAUGGAAGAAUCUAUUCAUGCAUUUGAGCGUUUGGGCAUCUAUCCUCAAAUUGAGCAGUGGCGUGACAGCCUCAGGCAAUGGUUUUCUUCGGUUUUGCUUAAUCCUCUACUUGACAAGAUUGAAACCAGUCAUAUUCAGGUAAUCCAAGCAGCUGCCAAACUUGGGAUGUCAAUUUCAAUUAGUCAAGUUGGAAGUGAUUUACCAACUGCUAGAACUGCUACAGUGUCUUCAAAUGAUAGGACUAAGGAAUGGCAGCCAACAUUAACUCUUGAUGAAGAUGGACUUAUGCAUCAGUUACGAGCUACUCUCGUCCAGGCUAUUGAUGCUUCGGCCUCCAAGCUGCCUCAAGCCAAUCUGCAACAAACCCCACAGCAGAAUCCGUUGGUCCCUAUUAUGCAGGAGUGUGUGGAUGCAAUCACUGAACACCAGAGGCUUCAUGCAUUGAUGAAGGGAGAGUUAGUUAAAGGUCUUCUACCGCAAAGCAGCAUUCGAGCAGAAUAUACAGUACAAAGGAUUCAAGAGCUUGCUGAAGGAACCUGUUUGAAGAAUUAUGAAUAUCUUGGAAGUGGAGAAGUAUAUGAUAAAAAGCACAAUAAGUGGACUCUUGAGCUGCCAACUGAUUCUCACUUGCUCUUGUAUUUGUUCUGUGCUUUCCUGGAGCAUCCAAAGUGGAUGUUGCAUGUGGAUCCUGCAUCCUACGCUGAAGCUCGUUCUAGCAAAAAUCCCCUAUUCUUGGGAGUCCUACCUCCAAAAGAAAGGUUUCCUGAGAAGUACAUAGCUGUCGUAUCUGGUGUCCCUUCUGCUCUCCACCCUGGAGCGUCUGUACUUGUUGUUGGAAGGCAAAGCCCCCCAGUUUUUGCCUUGUAUUGGGAUAAGAAAUUGCAGUUUUCUCUUCAGGGAAUGACGGCACUGUGGGAUUCGAUUUUGCUUCUGUGCCACAGGAUUAAGGUUGAAUAUGGGGGGAUUGUUCGGGGAAUGCAUCUUAGUUCUUCAGCCCUGAGCAUCCUCCCUGUUCUGGAAUCAGAAGCUGAGGACUGA